AUGUAUGAUAUGGGAUGUUUUUCUGCGAAUGGAUUAUAUCCAACAACAUCAUCUUGUUCUUCAAAUACUUCUUCGCCUGAUUCACUAAAACAUCAACGUUUACUUGUUACCGCAACGCCUUCACCACCAAAUGUAUCUCAUCAAUUUUUUCAACAACAGCAACAACAGUAUCUUUUCGAUCAUCAUCGUUUUCGUUUUAAUAAUAAUAAUAACAAUAACAAUAACAAUAAUAAUAAUAAUAAUAAUAAUAGUAAUUCGAAUGGUAGUAGCGAAAUACAUUCAUCAUCAUCAUCAACUACAUCCAGUCAUGAUCAAUUACCUCUAUGGCUUGCUGCUCAAUCAUCUGGGCAGCAACCACAGCAGCAGAGUAGGUUUUCAAAUGACCUUUUGCACUUUUGA